AUGGACGCCUUUGAAGCUCGCCUACAGUUUUUGCAAGUUAUAAAAAACUUACACAAGACCUUGAAUGCCUCAAAAGACAAUUCACCGCUUUCUGGCGGAAACCAACAACAAAACGACCCGGUAUCCUUUUACUUAAAGCACUAUGAGCACCACUUCGAAGAUUUUCAACAGUGUAUGCUUGAUUCUGCUGCGAAAAUGGACUCUUUGGACAGGCUCAACGUCCUGGUUUACUGGAGUCGCUUAAUAUCAAUGCUGUGGCCGCGGUGCAUGAAAGGUGUCGACGGUGAGCAGAAUACUGCUGGAAAGGUUGUACACAACUACUUAUUGAGACAGUUAGAUGAAAUCAUAUUGCUGGUUCUACCCGACCAAGACUGGAAGGCCUUGACGAACUUGAAAGUUUGUUCCGAAAUCGUACAAUACUUGAAUCGACUGUGUCAGGUGUUAGACAGCGGUACUGCUGAAACUUUGCUGAAGAAGCCUGUGAGUCAAGCUGCUGAAGCACAGACACUACCCACCUUGGAGGGCUCAUGGUUAAAGAUAGACAAAGGUCAUCGAUGUGAUCACAAACAAGCUAUGGUGCACUCUUACCGAAUAUUAGUAGACCGCAAACAGCGUGCUGCAUUCUUACAGGACUACUAUCGAAAAAACGGUGUAUGUUCAGUCACUGGUUCCUUUAAUACUAGCAUACUUUUGCAUCGGAUGGAGAAUGACCGCGAGAGACAUAAAAAAUCAAAAGAGCAUCUGUGGGUUACCGAAAGAGAUUUUAUUCUUGAUGCCCAAGAAUUUGAGACCCUGUGGAGUUCUUGCAAGGGUAUGGCCCGAAAUGACUAUUGUGAUCUACGAGAACUCAACAAAAUUGCGCAUAGUAGCUACAUGUACAAUUGA